AUACCAAAAUAGCAGUUCAGUCAUCUUCGUCAUACUGAUGCUGAAUUGCGCUUUGCAAUUAACUCACGAUUGGAUUGUCCGUGACUCAUGUCAUGUUGAAGUUCAAGUUCAUCAACACAAAAACCGACGUUCUAUAGUUCAUCACGAAUCAAGGGGAGGUGGCCUUGUAAGUUUAUUACUGCGGUUCAGUGAUGAUAGUUUUGACCCAUCCCAAGCAUUGACAAUUGGUGUUGACUUCCGGACCAAAAAGGUUAAUGUGGAUGGAAAUCUUGUUCGCUUAGCCAUUUGGGACACUGCUGGACAGGAAAGAUUUCGCACUCUAACACCCAGUUAUUAUCGUGAUGCGCAAGGAGCCAUUCUAGUCUUUGAUGUCACCAAUCGGAAGUCUUUUGAAAAACUAGAAACUUGGUUAAAUGAACUCGACACUUACGCUACAAAAAGCAGCUUGAAGAAAAUGGUGGUUGGUAACAAAACAGAUAUGAGUCCUAGACAAGUUAGUAGAGAGGAAGGAAGCAGAUUUGCUCGAAGGAAUGCCACAUUCUACAUGGAAACCAGUGCUAAAGAGAAUGUCAAUGUUGUAAAUGCUUUUGAAGACCUAGUAGCACAUAUAAUUCAAACUCCUGGCUUGUGGGAAAGGCAAGAAAGUGACAGGAUACGUGUCUCAUCAAGUGAUUCCAGUAAUGACUCUUGGUGGAGCUUUGUUCGUGGCUGGUGUUAGCUGCACUUGUUUCUCUUAACAAUGCGCAUGUUAGAGAAAAGUUUCUAAUCUAUGUACUGAACUGUGGCUUCAUCCAUGUACUCUUUUCCAUCUUGCCUGUAAAACCUUUUUAUGAAAGAAGUAUUCCCCAAAUAUUUACUGGGCGUCUAUCCAGCUACCGAAUCGUAUCAACUCUGCUAAUGUAUCUAGAUAAGACUCACCGCACCUGAUAAGUAGCUAGUAUUUAAGUCCUGCAAGGGGAAGGAGGGGGGGGGGUAGUCUCUUGAGGGGUUCCCUACAACAUGUUGGAACUACAGAGAGCAUUCACUGCACAUCAAGCAUACUUUAAAGAAUUUGAGUAAAUUUGGGGGAAGUUCCAAAAAUUACAAUCUUUAGAUAAUAGUCGCCAUAGCAUUGUGAAAGGAGAGGUAUCGAUAAGGGCCUCUUUGGUCCUCCCUAGAGGGCCUUCCUUUUUUGGCCCCCCCUAGAAUCUGGGAAUUUUUGCGGGUUUUCCGAGUUGACUCACUGUAGUUUACGGAAAUAAUCAUGAUUUGAUCCAUGGGCCACUGGAUAUGUGUUAAACGGUUGCCUGAACAUACGUCUGCAGGCGUAUUUUAGCGAAAAUGCGUGUUUUUCUGUAACUCCGAGGCUUUUUGACACCGAGCGCAUCGUCUAACUAAAACGAGCUUUUGACAUGUUAUCAAGGAGACUUUAGGACACAUUCUAACCCUGGUUUGGUUUUAGUUAGAUGAUGCCCUCAUAGUUAAAGAAAACUUUUUUAAAAGUCGACUUUUUAGGGACACCCGCAAAAAUCUUAUGAUAACACAUCUCUCCAACUGUAUGCACGCUACAUAUAUUAUCAAGGGCAGUUGUCAAGCCUUUUUAAAAUUUUACAAGGAGAUUUUCUUUGAUUGAAGCCAAAAAAAAACCCUAACGACGUAAUUCUCCAAGAUUUUAACGGAUGUCCCUUAAAAGUCGACUUUUGAAAAAGUUUUUUUAAAAUAUGAGCUCAUCAUCUAACUAAAACCAAACCAGGGUUAAAAUGUGUCCUUAAAGCUUCUUCGAUAACAUAUCAAAAGCUCAUUUUAGUUAGACAAUGCGCUCGAUGUCAAAAAAGCUUCAGUGUGUUAGAAAAACACGCAUUUUCACCAAAAAGUGCCUGCAGACGUAUGUUCAGGCAACCGUUCAACACUUAUCCAGUGACCUAUGAACCAAAUCAUGAUUAUUCCCGUAAACUACAUUGAGUCAACUUGGAAAACCCGCAUAAAUACUCAGAUUCUAAAAAAAAAAAAGGGGGGCCAAAAAAGGCCCUUAUCGAUACCCCUCCUUUAUAGAGCCUGUAUUGUUGAUUUUUACCAGUUGCAUUUUGAUGUGUAGAUAAUUGGUGUGCUUUUUUAAUGGGGAAAAUUCAUCCGCAAGAACCAAGGACAUGAGUCGAGGGUUGAGGAGCUCUUUAUAAUAAGCCAUCCUGUGUAAAAAAAAUGUAUAUUUAAACAAGUGAAAUAAAAAUAAAUCAAGUUUUUAAUAUGUA